AUGAGCAGCCCCACAAGUCGAGGGGCGGGCUGGCAGGAGCUCAAGGACGAGGCGUCGGGCCAGGCUUACUACUACAACUCGCACACCGGCGAGACCACCUGGACCACGCCACCCGAGCUUCAACAGCAAGCGACACCCAAGAACGAGUGGUGGGAACUAUUCGAUGCCAGCCGCGGCCGGCCCUAUUUCUACAAUCCCUCUACCAAACAGACCGUCUGGGAGGCCCCACCCGGUGUUACGCCGCUGGUGAUCGUGCCCGAGAGCGGAGGAGGCGCGGCGGCCAACGGCGGCCAAUGGAACGAAGUGGUGGACCUCAAGAGCGGGCUAACCUACUACGUCAACAGCGCCACCGGCCAGAGCUCGUGGGUCAAGCCCGGCUCCGGCAGCCAACAGGUGACGAUCACCGUCGACGAACCCGCUUCGCCGGUCAGCGUUCCGCCACGACCAAAGAGCGUCAUGGUGCGCAAUGGGGCGCCAUCUUCGGGCAACCGCCACACCGUGGCCCUGGGCAAGGGCGGCGGCUUCGCGCAGAGCAACAACAUCCCGCCGCCCCUCCCCGUGCUGCACACCCAGGACGACAUCAACACUUCACCCCCCCAUGUUCCCGCCGUCGCCGGCCUCCUGCGCCGGCAGCGGUGGCUCGCCGCUGCGUGGCGGAUCGGUCAUCACCAUGCCCACCGCGCCCGCGGCCUACACCCCCGGCCGCGCUCGUCCUCCUUCAUCCUGCCCCAGCAGGCCUUGGCCUUCUCUCCGCACCACCACCACCACCCGCCCGCCGGCUCGCUCGCCACCAUCGUCUCGCCGCGCGGCUUGCCAUCGUCGUCGCCCGGCGGCGGGGGCUCGGCGGCCGAGGCGGCUGCGGCGGCGACUGGGCUGGCGUCGGGCGGUUCGGGCGGAAAGGAGGAGAAGGAGGGGAAGAAGAAGGGCGGGAGCGAGCGCAAGAAGAAGCUGGCGUUCCGCAAGACGGCGAUCUUCGGGAAGGAGGGCAAGGAGGGCAGCAAGCACAAGAAGACGCACUCGAUCGGCGGCGGCGGCCGGAGCGCGUCGAUGAGCGAGAGGGACAUUGCGCAGGGUGUGCUGAGCAACAGCGGCAGCCACAUCAUCUCACGAGCCGACGACCUGGAGAGCGACGGCUCAGACAUCAUGCCCACCAUGCCCAAGUCUAUCAUCGUUGACAUCAACAAAUUCCAGCUGGAGGGUUAUGCAAGGAAGUUCUUCAACGCGCAGAAGAAGAAGGGCGUGUUCACGCGCAAGAAGACGCCCGUCAAGGAGAUGCUCAUGUUCCAGAAGCAACCGCUGGAGGUGUCGCUGCUCAACUUCCACAAGCCCGAGCUCCAGAAGAAGGCGCUCGACCUAUUCAAACUGAUCCUGGCAUACCAGGGCGUGAUCAAGCGAGAGACCAACGAGUCACCGCUGGCCAUCGCGCGCCAGAUCGCCGCCGACGGCAUUACCGAGGGCCAGAUCCGAGACGAGUUGUUCUGCCAGCUGUGCAAGCAGACCUGCUACACACCAAACGAAGGCUGGGAGCUGAUGGUGGUGAGCUGCCUGACAUUCCCGCCCACCCAGGACCUCGAAGCCUGGUUCCGCAAAUAUUUGGAGGAGCACGUCCGCAAGGGCUCCGACGCGGGCAAGGAGGCCAUCUACGCCAGGUUCUGUCUGAAGAAGUUGAACCUGAUGUGCCAGAAGCAGGGGCCGUCGCGCGGCCGUGUGCCGUCGUUGCGCGAGAUCGAGAAGAUCAUCGCGGCGCCGUUCCACUUCUCGCCGUUCGGGGCGGACCUGGAGGAGAUCAUGACCCACGAGCGCUCGCUCAACCCGUCGGCCCAGGUGCCCCGCAUCGUCGAGUUCCUCUGCGAUUCGGUGAUGCGGCUCAACGGGUGCAAUAUUGAGGGCCUCUUCCGCAUCCCGGGCGACUCCGAGGGCAUCUACACCAGCAAGGCCGACAUCGAGUGCGGCAACUUUGACAUCUCCAACUUCCGGGACGCGAAUGUGCCGGCGGCGCUGCUCAAGCUGUGGAUGCGCGAGCUGGCCCAUCCUCUCAUCCCCGAUGCGCUCUAUGAUAAGGCGCUGAAGAGCGGCCACGACCCAAAACGGGUCAAGGAGGUGGUGGACAAGUGCCCCAAGAACAACCAGAGCGUGAUUCGCUACGUCAUCCGCUUCAUUCAAGUCCUCGCCCAACCCGAGAACCAGGCGCGGACGAAGAUGAACGUGAACAACCUGGCGAUGAUCUUCGCGCCCACCUUCCUGCGUUGUCCGUCGGACAACCCGCAGGACCUGAUGGAGAACACCCGAUACGAGCAGGACUUCGUGCACGACCUCAUCGUCAACCUCUCCUGA